AACAGCUUGAUGUCGUCAACUUACGGGAAAAUAAAUAAGGCGUAAAUUCGCGAGGUGUGGUGUUGUGGUGAUUGUCUUCGUGUCAAAUGUUCAAUAAAUGUCUACUAAACCAAUAAAAAUGCCGUCGGCAACAAAGGAAAAGGAUUCUACAAUCCUCAAGAUCGCUGUGGAGAUGCUCAAUGCUCCCGAUAAGGUACCACAGUUGAUAGAAUUCGAUCAAAGUCAGCCUCUAUCGAGCAUCAUACAACUUCUAUGCAAACCUUGGGGUCUCCCCGACCCUGAAAACUAUGCUCUACAAUUUUCUGAAAGUAACAAUCAAAAUUAUAUUACGGAAAAAAAUCGAAAUGAAAUUAAAAAUGGAUCUGUUUUACGAUUGGAAUUGUCGCCAGCGAAAACCGUGCAGGAUAUCCUGGGCAAGAUAAACAAUGGGUCCGAGGCCGAUCAAGUCGCUGCCCUCUCUAAGUUGUCUGUUUUAAGCAGUGAUCUCACAUUUGCUCUUGAAUUUAUUAACAAAAAAGGUUUAACAUUGAUCAUAAAUAAUAUAGAAAAUGGUAAAUUCAAAGGAAAAUUGCUUAAAUACGCCUUGAUUACCUUUGUGGAGCUAAUGGAUCAUGGAAUUAUAUUCUGGGACAUACUUGAGAAUCAGUUUAUAAAUAAAGUGGCCAGCUUUGUUAGCAACCAAGCAAAUACUCAGGAUCCUAAAGUUAUUCAGUGUUGUUUGUCAAUUCUUGAGAAUAUUGUACUUAAUAGUUCAAAGAAUUCUCAUGUAGAGAAAGAGAUUACUAUCCCAAGUCUGAUAUCACACCUACAGAAUACUCACCAAGACAGUAUUAUCCAACAGAAUGCUAUAGCACUUAUUAAUGCCAUAUUUUCUAAAGCUGAUAUGACAAAGAGAAAAACCAUUGCUGCUACAUUGUCUUCCAAGCAAGUUAGAUCUGUAAUAUAUGAAAACCUCAUUGGUGCAAGUGAAUUUUCCAAGAAUGCUGAACAGGGGUUAGGUACUGAGUUGGCUCACCAGCUGUAUGUACUGCAGACCUUAAUGCUUGGUUUAUUGGAACCUAAAAUGAGACAAAGGGCUGAUGCCCAAGAACAAGAGUCACAAGAGAAAAUUAAGGAACUUAGAAAAGUUGCAUUCGAAAAUGAUAACAAUCCAAACAUAGAGGUCACCAUGAGACGUCCAGGCACAUAUUCAAAAGACUUCAAGAAACUUGGCUUCAAGUGUGAGAUUGAUCCAAUCAAAGAUUUUAAUGAAGUUCCGCCAGGUGUUCUAGCCUUGGACUGCAUGCUAUAUUUUGCAAGGAACUAUUCUGAGGAUUACACAAAAAUUGUAUUAGAAAACAGUUGUAGGGCUGAUGAACAUGAAUGUCCGUUUGGCAAGACAAGUGUAGAACUUGUGAAGCUACUCUGUGAUAUUCUGAAGGUUGGGGAUCCUCCCAGUGAACAAGGCCAAACAUACCAUCCACUAUUCUUCACUCAUGAUAGACCUUUUGAAGAAUUAUUCUGUAUUUGCAUAGUAUUAUUGAAUAAGACCUGGAAAGAAAUGAGGGCUACAGCAGAGGACUUUAUCAAAGUAUCAAGUGUGGUUCGGGAACAGAUAAGCAGGGCACUGUCCUCUUCCCCUAAAGGUUUUGACAAGUUCAGACAGAAGAUAAAUCAACUGACUUAUACAGAAAUAACACAGUUAUGGCAGCAAGAGAGAAAUAACAGAGAGGUGUGGGAGUCUCAUGCAAGGCCCAUAGUUGAACUCAAGGAGAAGAUAACUCCUGAAAUCAUUGAUCUCAUUCAACAACAAAGGUUAGGGGUUUUAGUGGGGGGCACAAGGUUUAAGAAAUAUUCUGCCAGAGGGCAAAGAAUCAAAGACAAAUUCUGGUUUGUUCGCCUCUCACCAAAUCAUAAAGUACUGCACUAUGGGGAUUGUGAUGAAAAGAGCACUCCCAGUUUAGAGGAACUUGGCAACAAGUUGCCUGUCACUGACAUAAAAUGUGUAAUCACAGGCAAAGAUUGUCCUCAUAUGAAGGAUUUGAGGGGGAGGAAGAUAACACCACAUUUAGCAUUUUCAUUGAUCAUCAAAUCUGCUGAAGUAACUUCAUUAGACUUUGUUGCACCUGAUGAACAGAUAUUUGAUUACUGGACCGAUGGUAUAAAUGCCCUGCUAAAAGAAAAGAUGUCGAGCAAAUCAUUUGAAAAUGAUUUGGAAACUUUAUUGUCCAUGGACAUAAAGGUUAGAUUACUUGAUGCAGAAGGUAUUGACAUUCCUAAGGACCCGCCUCAAAUACCAGAUGAGCCAGAAGAUUACGACUUUUAUUAUGAUAAUAAUUAAAUUGAACUCUAUUUUAUUUGCAAACCAGCUUACCAUUUUGUUUAUGCAAGAGGUGAAGGCGUCAUAUGAAUAUUUUAUGCGACGAAUAAAUAGUGAAGAUACCAUUUGGCAGUAUCAUAUUAUAAUGAUAUGUAGCGAAAAUUAUUAUUAUUAAGAGCGAUGUAAGACUUAUUUACGAGAAUGUAACUAAAUGAAAAAUUGCUUUCUUCCAGUACCUAUAUUACAUUCUAGUGAGUAAAAAAGUAUAUUUUAUAAGUUAAUCGAAUAAGAUACCAAAUUAGGAAUCGUUAUUUUGUAUAGGUGCAUCACGGUUGGUAGGUACCUACCUACUUCCGCGGGGCGACGCGACAUCGUCAUCUGAAUAUUAACGAGAUUUAUAUACGGAGUUGUUGAGUUACUAAUAGUGCUACCUACCUGUGUAAGAAACGAAAUGUGAAUGUGAAUAUCAUUUAAAUAGAAAAUAUAAAGAAGUUUAUAUUAUACAUAAUAUUGGAAUAAUUAGUAGUCAACCAGUGUAGCUGACCAUGCUUCAGGAUAUUUAUAU